UUGAUUAAUUUUUUUUUUUUUUUUUUAACGGGAUGUAUUAUUAUUAGUUGAUUAAUUCAUAGGCCCAAUACAGUUUUUUUGCUUGUAGCCCAUAUAUUUUCAGGGCCGGUUGCAACAUAUCUCAAUGGAAAAAAGAAGCCUUGAUUUUGAGACUAAUCGACGGCUGUUAGUUUUGAAAGGUGAAAGCAAAUCAAUGAUCUAUAUUUAUCGAGCGUUGGAGCUGAAACUAAUCGACGGUUGUUUUACUUUUGAAAGAUAAAUAAAAGCAAAUAAUGGUCUAUAUUUGUUAAAUCAUUAUUCAUGCGGAUAAGAAAAUCUUAAAAUUCCUUUUAACUAUAGUUUCUUCCUAAUUUUCAUCUAGAUUCUCCACAAAUAGAUAAAUGUCUUAGUCCACAAACUCUCUAACACAUAUCUUUCACAAUCAAAACUUUUUUUUACAUAUCAAAGAGUAUUUGCUCACUAUGGCUCGUUCCAAGCAGACAGCUCGUAAGUCAACAGGAGGUAAGGCUCCACACUUUGCCAUGAGGGUAAGGCAACACUCAACUCCGCUGCUUAAGAAACCAUAUAGAUACAAGCCAGGAACAGUGGCCCUCAGAGAGAUUAGGAAGUACCAGAAGACCACAGACUUGGUUAUAAGAAAACUCCCUUUCCAAAGAUUGGUUAAAGAGAUAGCUCAGAGUCUCAAGGCAGAUCUAAGGUUCCAGACUGGUGCUGUUUCCGCUCUUCAAGAAGCCGCUGAAGCUUUUAUGGUUGGAAUGUUUGAGGACACCAAUUUGUGUGCCCUGCAUGCCAAAAGAUCAACUAUCAUGCCUAAAGAUAUCCAGCUCGCUAAAAGGCUUCGAGGCGAUAGGGUUUGAGAUCAUAACCUUGUAUUAUUUUAGUUUUCGGGAUUAAUAUUCCGAUUGAAAUGUACUUCUAAGCUUAUUAGAAAGAAAUAAAAUGUUCUGAACUUAAUAAA